CAAUUACAAUAUGCAUCAUGGUAAGUUCAUGGUUAAUAUUGGUAAAUUUCUAAUUUUCUACUAGUCCAUAUGCCACUGUUGAUCUUGUAUUUUAUUUAUUGAUAUCAAAAUAAUUAUACACCACUAUAAUUAUCAUGUGUUUAAUAGUAAAGCUACGGUUGUGACAGGAAGACCCAAACAAAACAAUCAUUAGAUGCCAUCAAUAGUCACCAUAACUUAUGGUUAUAGAUAAUCAUAAAUAAUCAUCCGUAUGAUUUUGACACUGGACUUAGGAGCCACGAAAAUCUAUUGGCAAGCUAACGUGGUCCACCUCUUAUAUCUGAAAACCCCGUAUACUUAAUUUACGUCCUAGAUGCUUGGUCCAGUAAUGGAACUUUGGCAUAAUUCUUAAAAUCUCUAAAAAAAAAAUGAAACAUAAAACUGGUUCAAAAUCUUAGAAGAACAUAUAUAGAAGAACAAACGCAAAGCUUCUUUCUAAACACACGCGAUGAUGCGUAAGCCAAGUAUUUUUUUUUUAGUAUUUUUGUUAUCAGUUUCUAUUGGCAACUCUUCUUUUUUUUUCUAACUCUUUCAACAUAAAAAGGAUACCUAUCACUAAACGAUAUACAUAAAGCAUCUUAUUCCAAAUGCGAAGAAUAAGAUGCAGCGAAUAAUGUAAGAUAGAAAAACAAGAAUGUAGUAGGCCACACAGGCAGCGAAUAGCUAUAGUUCUGCGAGGAUUUAGUUUUCGAUCUAUUCCAUCACUAAACGGUGGUAUGUUGCAUAUUCACACUCAGCCCUAGCAACAGUCACAAUCGUCAUCAUCAAAAUCACAUGCAGAGAUAGUCAGACCUUAUCCAAUGGCAAAUAAAUUCAUCAAACUAUUUAUCGAGCUGUAUUAAAUAUUUAUAUAUAAUCAAAAAAUAUUUUUAUUUUAAUACAUAAUAUAUAAGUAAUGGUAUAAAACCAUCUCUAUACUAGCUCAUAGUUCGUCCCAGCAGUACGGCCCCUAGUUUGAGAACAAAGGAAAAAAUCUACUUUUAGGAUUUGGAACUCAACAUACGUACUGUCAACCAUUGCUAAAAGUGGUUCAAGAACUGGACCCACUUAUUAUGACCCAGGUCACACUAUUCACCACUUCGAGGCUCUAAUUAAAUAUACCCAUCCUUUUAUAUUGGAAAUCAUAUAAAAACAUACAUUAUGUGCAGUCACAUUUUACAAAUAUAUAUGGUGACUUUACAUAAAGAUGAGCUAAGCCAUGUGAGCCAGAUGGAUGACGGGAGGGCCCAACAGCCCAUAACUUUUGGGUUUUUUUUUAAGUGAGAGAUAUCUCAUCUUGCUGUUAUUUUAGCAUUCAUGUCAUUUUUAUCUGGAAGCUGCAUGCUUUAAGUUUACUACUAUAAAUAGAAACUUCUUCUCCUCCUUGUCUAUCAAGUCACUUGCUUCAAAUAUUUCAUCCACAAAAUUGUUGACGUUUCAUUUAAAAACAAAGAAGAAGAUGGGUUUAGUGCGGUCCAUGCUUCCAAAUGCAAAGCAAAUCUUCAAAUCACAAUCUAUGAGGAACAAGAACGGUUCACCAUCAUCAACAACAACUUCAGGGCUUGUUCCUAAAGGUCACGUAGCGGUUUACGUUGGGGAAAGAACGGAGAAGACGAGGUUUGUGGUUCCGAUAUCAUACUUGAACCAUCCUUUGUUCAGAGAGUUUCUUAAUCGCGCAGAGGAAGAGUUUGGAUUUCAUCAUCCAAUGGGAGGUUUGACGAUUCCUUGUCGAGAAGAAGCGUUUCUUCAUCUCAUUACUACUCAGCAGCUGCAUUGAGGAGCGCAUUGAUUAAUUAAUAGUUUUAGUAGGGUUUUCAUGAAUCUUUUUUUUUGUAAAAAUGAAUCUUUUUGUUGUUGUUCUAUCUGAGAAUUAUAUGAAAUGUAGUGUGUGUAUAUGCACUUGUUCAAAUUAAGCUUGUGUUUCGAAAUAAGAUUUUAAUCGUUGUGCAA